CAGUGCUCCUAUAUUUUGUGAGUGUAAACAUGUUUUGUUAAUGCGCCUGAUGAAGCUGUCUGAUAAUCGUGAUUCUGGUGUCAUACAGCACAUAACUGGCAAAUGUCAGCUGUCUCUACCAAUCUUUCCAAUCUUCCGCUCAGCAGUAAAAACUUUACACUGUAAAUAGGUCAGUGUGUCCUGAUAGUUUGAUUGUAGGACUACUAACAGCGCUAGCAGAUUUGAUUUAGUGCCUAACAUUUAAAUUCGCAGACUCUAGCUUAUUCGUUGCAUAUAAAUGAGUAUUAUGCGCUUUUACUGCGAUAAAAAGGGGGGAAAGUCCGCAGUAACACUUUGCAGCAGGCUGACCUUGAUCGAGGUGUCCCCUGCUCAUACAUUGUGUCAGCGCGUGAGAUUUCACCUCGGACUCUUGUACUCGAGUCAUGUCGCAUUUCCAGCACAGCCCUUCAGUCUGGAAACACACUAGCUCAGGCGCGACACAUCUGCUGUGCAUUCUUGUUUUUGAGGCAUUUCACGUCGUCACUGACAUAAUGCAUCUGGAACAAGAAGGGUUCCUGAUGCCCAGUUUGAACUGACCUGUAGUCUUCUGACACCUAAAGACAGUGAGAGGAUUUUCAGCAUUCACAAGACUAAAGACCGUUGACUUCUGAGCAAAAGGUACCAUGUCUUCUAGAGAGCGGCGCUCCGACCUGUACAUAAAGGCUGAACCCAGCAGUCCCGAGGGGGGAGGUGUCGGUGGAGGAGGCGGCGGGAGGACCAGCCCGGGAGGAGCGUCCUCAGACUCCUCUCAGAGUGGAGGAGGUGGGUCCAGAGGAGAAAGUGCUGGACGCUACUCCCCGCCCCCUUACACCCCUGCGUUACGUUGCCAUUUUAAAGAGGAGGGUGCAGAUGGAGCCGAGGAGGGCUCUACCGGAAGCGGAGGAGGCCGCUGCAAGUAUGCACUGAGCACGCUUCCCAAAAGACUGUGCCUGGUGUGUGGAGAUGUGGCGUCUGGCUAUCACUAUGGAGUGGCUUCCUGUGAAGCCUGUAAGGCUUUCUUCAAAAGAACCAUACAGGGUAAUAUUGAGUACAGUUGUCCUGCCUCCAAUGAAUGUGAGAUCACCAAGCGCCGCAGGAAGGCCUGUCAGGCGUGUCGCUUCACCAAGUGCCUCAAAGUAGGCAUGCUCAAAGAAGGUGUCCGCCUGGACCGAGUUAGAGGUGGACGGCAGAAAUAUAAGAGACGCCCGGAGGUGGAGAAUGCUACCUACCAGAGUGCACCGAUACCUUUAAGGAAGGAGGGAGAGAAGGGCUCAUCCAGCAUCAUUGUGUCUCAUCUGCUGGUGGCGGAGCCAGAAAAGCUGUUUGCUAUGCCAGACCCACUGCAGCCUGACACGGCCCAGCGCACGCUCACCACUCUCUGUGACCUGGCCGACCGGGAACUAGUUGUCAUCAUCGGCUGGGCCAAGCACAUUCCUGGCUUUCUCUCGCUGUCGCUGGCUGACCAGAUGUCCGUGCUGCAGUCGGUGUGGCUGGAGGUGUUGGUGUUGGGGGUGGCGUACCGUUCUCUCGGCUGUGAGGACGAGGUGGUGUUUGCUGAGGACUUCGUGCUGGAUGAGGAGAUGUCUCGCGUGGCCGGUCUGACUGAACUCAACGCCGCCAUCAGCCAGCUCGCUCGCCGUUUCAGAGCCCUGCAGCUGGACCGCGAGGAGUUCGUCAUGCUCAAAUCCAUCGCGCUCACCAACUCAGACUCUGUGUAUAUCGAGGACAUGGAGGCCGUGCAGAAGUUACGGGACCUGCUGCAUCAGGCUCUGCUGGAGCUGGAGGUCCAGCGACACCCUGAUGACCCCCAGCGUGCGGGACGUCUCCUCCUCACCCUGCCCCUCCUCAGGCAGACAGCUGGCCGGGCCCUCACCACCUUCUACAGCAUCAAAACCCGCGGCGGCGUGCCUAUGCACAAACUCUUCCUGGAGAUGCUGGAGGCCAUGAUGGACUCACCCUAGAGAAGAGUCGCUGAAGGAUGAAGAAAAAAACGGGAGUCUUUUUGUGUGCACAAGGGCUACAAAAGCCAAAAGAAUAAACUUUUUGGGGUUGAAUAUGAAGAAGACGCUUCGGUACUGAUCUUUCACAUCCAAUGCUCCUCCUUCACUUGAUUUCAAUGGGUACCACGUCAACACAAACUAGGGUUAGACACACAUAAUAUAUAUAUAUCAGUGUUACUGAAACCGUGUAAUUCAUUCUGUCAUUUCUCCCCCAUCCUUUUAACCGUUUCUAGGAGCUAACCGUCACUGUAAACUCAGAGAAAUUCACGUGCCAAGGGCGCCUACUGAGACUGCAGCAAUAUGAACUCUUCCCUGAAUCGAACGGUUCAGCGAUAUCUCCUUCUUUAACAAACCGUCACUAUCACUACAGUUAUAACCGAGUAAGCUUUCCUUUUCUCCUUAAAACGGUGCCCAAAAGGCACUCGUGUAAAGUUAUUAACGUCUUUUAUAAUGCACUCGCCAUACUACAAGUGCUAUUUAACUUUGUCCCGCUAGCUUUUUGUGGAAUAUGCAACACAUAGGAGAUGUACAGGAGGAAAUACAGCUCAAGACAAACACAUUUCAGUUUACUGGUACUGCAAAUAUACUGCGACAUCACAUUAUGUAAAGCAAUAUGACAGAUUUCAUAACUCGUUUGAUGUCAGAGGUUUUUUUUUUUUUUUAAAAAAAGGACGCUACCAUGCCACGUUCUGCUUCGAAACGAAAUGUAUUGCAUAGAAAAGUAUUUUAUUUUAAUGUAGUACAUUUUAAUAAACCGUCAUUUGUAUAUAAGCCAGGUGUUGAAAAAGAAUAACGUCAUCGUUUUAGGAUACGGAUUACGUGAAUGGGAGAUUAUUGGUACUAUAAAUGCUAAACUGAACCAACAGUGCGUCUAAAUCAGGGUAAACGGGGAGAUUUUCCUCCUGUAGGCCGCUACUGUAGUUAGAUUUUUUUUUUUGCAGUGAUAAUGUUUUUUCCAGACGGCGUGGGAUCUUCAGAUAUCUCUGUCCUCGAUUCUUCAGAUGACGCUGGCCUGCUUGUGAUUGAUUGGGAGUAACUCGUUUAGAAAGACAUUUUUAGUCAUAUUCUGUAUUCUAAUCUGUGAACGGACAGUCGCAGGUUCAUUCUGGGAUAUUCAAACUGAACAUUGGAAAGCCUCACGAUAUGGGCUCAUCUCGAGCCGUCGCUUGGAGACUCUUCAUUUGGUUGUUUUUAGGAUGUGUUCGUGUGAUCUCCUCAUAGUUGUUCGUUUGCAGACACUCGUCUGGUAUUAUAUGCAAUCAUACUCCGUUCAGAGUGCUACAACUCCUCUACCUUUUAUUUAUUCUACACAUGUGAAAACAGGAGGAAGAAAAGCCAGUUGCCAUUUUGGCAUCUUUACCGAUUUAAGUUCUAAAAAUGAAAGCCACUGUUGUUCAGAGUUAGCCCUCGGGAGGUCAGGGUGAUUUUUCACUGUAUACUGUUCGAAGCAAUGAUUGUAUGAGCGCUCUGAAAGGGGUUCACUGCACAGACGCAGAGGGAAAGAAUCUUCAAAGGUUGGUAUUUAUAAUAUUUUCAACUCAACGUUAGGAUUAAUCUGGAUCUGCAGAUUGUUUUAGUCCAGGAUACCGAGGGGAUGUCUUUUGAGUGAUCAGGAGUUUCUGUUGCUCAUUUUGUGCUCAUGGCAUAAGUUUAGGUUUAGGUUUUCCAUAUAGACUAUGAAGCUUGGCCUCAGGUUUGGUAUUGAAAUAAAGCAAUUAAUUUGGGAGAUUGUUAUGAAAUGUCUGUUUUGUAUUGAAUUGUUUUUUAGAUGUAUCUUUUUGUGAUUAAAGUACUAACUUUUAAGACAUAUAAAAGCCAGUGGACGUUAUAUUCCUGUGUUCAUUUUCGCUCAAUAUAAUAUUGCAGAUUUGAGGCACUAACAUGUGUUCAUCACUUCAGAACUUUCUCUAUUUUUUUUUUCUUUUCUUAAAUUAUGCCAGUUUGACUGUAAAGGGAAUUUUGGGAUAUUUCAAUACAUUUUUUUGAUUCUAAAAUUUUUUGAUUUUCAAAACUGAAGAUUUUAUCUUAUUUUUUCAUGGUUUUUUUCUUUCUUUUAUACACAGGAAGUUAAUGUCUCUCCUAAGUGGUUACUGGGAUGUCAUGGACUGUGUACAUAACCAUGAAUGAGUGGGUCCAUUCAAAGACAGCUGUAAAAUAUGUCUGUGUUUGUGUCAAUAAUAACUCUAAUAUAAUGAUGAUAUUACAGUAGUGUUUUCAUAAUGGUAAGCAUUAUAUAAAGCCAUUUUGUCUGUCAGACUUAGAUCAUAACAUAUGAUUGAGAGGGUAAAUUAAAUUCAUGGCUAGGUGUUUUUUUUGUGUGUGUCCGUGUAUAUUUAUGUAAAUGAGCAAUACCAGAAUUUACCAAAAUGUUUGUUUUCAGAUUUUUUUUUUCUGUAUAUUGAUAUACUGUAAAUCAAACCUCAACAGUAACACUAGUGAUACCAGUCAAUAGUAAUAAUAAGAACUACAGUAAAGAACAAAUCAAUAUUUGUAUUCCAAAAUGUUGUAUUUAAAAGAUUAAAAUCUAUUUUUUACUCAAUCUGCGGAUGUUUAUUAAUAUUAUUGUUCUGGUAUUUGUGUGGGUUGAUGUCCAAUGAUCGUAAAUGUCUGUGCUUUUUCGGUUUUCCUUUUUGUAAAGCUCAGUGGUUCUGCAGUAGUAACUAUUUCAACACUUUGUUCAUAUUGAAUCACUGUGAAGAGAAGGCAAACACUAGAACACCGCAGGAAAAUAGAGGUAUUUUAAAAUAUUGUCAGUGUCAAUGUGUUUUGUAAUAAAUUAACACGCCUCAUCACUUGUCA